AUGACAACAACAACAAAAACAAACAGUUACUCUUUAAAACUUAUGAUGUCGGAACAAGUAUCAAAAGAAGAGAAACCUAUUAUAUCACAUUGUGUUGAACAUGCUGCAACUGGGUUAUCAACAUGUGCUGACUGUGGAAAGAAGAUUCCUCUGAAAUCGCUUCGUGUAGCAGAGAUCUAUAGAAAAAAUAAAAAAGUUAAAAAGAUGCACGCUAAGCAUACCUGGUAUCAUUUCAAAUGUUGGAAAGUUCCUGAAUAUUUAACUCAUGUGCCUAUUGAACAAUUCAGAGGAUAUCCAGCUUUAAAUGAAAAAGAUAAAAAACGUAUACAACGAGUGAUUCAAGGUGGCGUCGGAUCAUCAUGGGCUGCACUUAUGGAAAAAGACAAAGCUGAAAAGGCGGAAGAAGAGAUGGAAACUAAACCAACAAAAACAAAAGAUGACAUGAUGGACAUUGAUUUGACAGAAAGUUUGACAGGUAUUCAAGAAGAGAAGCCAAAGAAAAUAAAAGUAGAAAAGAAAAAAAAGGAUGACGAUAAGAAAAGACGGCUGUCAAAUUCUAAAAAGGAUAUAUUAAAACCCAAAAAAGCUAAAGUAUCAAAACAACCAGCUUCUGCCCCUUCAAAGCCUAAAGAAAUCAUUCUCCCAAAAGAAGAUUUAUUAGAAUUAGAAAAAUUUGCUAAAGAAUUCAGUGCUGUCAAAGGGAAAAAAUAA